AUGACUAAUACGAAUAUAACUACAAUUAUUACCAUGCCGGGAAUAUCUACGACACUGGCUGUGUCAUCACUAAUCACAACCGACCCAGUCUCAACAAAGUCAUCAUCAACACAUAACACACAAGUAAAUACUGAAAUUUCUGGACAAAGUCAGCAAGAACGUGUGGAGGAGCGUUUGGCACGAAAUGGUAGAAAUUUGGCUGAGUAUAUUAGACGUUCAACAAUAAUCACAGAAAAUGGAAAUAAUGAAUUUAACAUCAAAUAA